UAAGUAGGAUCAAGCUUAAUCAAAUAAGCUAGCCCACCUUGCCAUCGUUGCGCUCUUCACUUCAGUGGCUGGCUUUCUUUCCCAACCUCCUAAUUCCCGAGAUAAUCUUUUCCUGUAAUAAUAAUCGAAGGAAAGCAUCAAAUAUGCUAGCCCGUGCCUCUUCUGGGGCUGCUCUGGGUUGGCGUAGAAUCCUGAGAAAAUCACUGUUUCAUUCUUGGUCUCUUCCAUCUUCGUGUGCUCUUCUUGGCCCCGACCUUCCUGAUAUUUGGGUUCCCAAAAAGAACACUUCUUCUGAUACCCAUUUCUCAGAGAAACCCAACUAUGAGUUUGUAGAGGCGAAGUCUAAUGCUGCAAUUCUUGGAGGUAAAUCAGUUGCCCAAGAUGUAAAACAAAAGGUGGCUGAAGAAAUAGGCAGAAUUAAAAGGAUAAUUGGGAAGUCCCCUAAAUUGGCUGUGGUUCUUGUUGGUGAUAGAAGAGAUUCUCAGACCUUCAUCCACAUUAAGUUAAAAGCCUGUGAGCAAGUUGGCAUUGCAACAUCGGUGGCUCUGUUGCCUGAAAACUGUGAAGAAAAAGAACUGCUUGAUGUCGUCGCCAGUUUUAACAAAGACCCAGCUGUACAUGGCAUCAUUGUGCAACUUCCUCUUCCUCAACAUUUGGACGAGGAAAAUGUUAUCAACUUUGUGAGUCCAGAAAAGGAUGUUGAUGGCUUUCAUCCCUUAAAUAUAGGAAACCUUGCCAUGAGGGGAAGAAAACCAUUCUUCAUUCCUUGUGCCUCCAAGGGCUGCAUUGAGUUGUUGCUCAGACAUGGGGUUGAAAUUGGUGGAAAAAGAGCAGUUGUAAUUGGAAGAAGUAAAAUUGCUGGGUUACCCACUUCGUUGCUAUUGCAGAGGCACCAUGCAACAGUAAGCAUGAUACAUGCAUUCACGGAGAACCCAGAACGGAUAACUUCUGAAGCUGAAAUUGUUGUAGCAGAUGUUGGAAUGCCCAAUAUAAUUCGUGGCAAUUGGUUAAAGCAAGGAGCAGUUGUGAUUGACAUGGGUACAAAUCAAGUGAAGGUACAAACUUUCUGUCAUUUCAGAAUCCUGACAAAGAAGGCUUUCGUACCAUAGGAGAUGUUUGCUAUGAGGAGGCAAUCAAGGUGGCAUCAGCCCUUACUCCGGUGCCCGGAGGUUUGGGACCAGUAACAAUAUCAAUGCUUCUCUCUAAUACCCUUGAUGCAGCAAAACAUGCAUUUGGGUUGGUUUGAAUCAAGCGGUUGUUCCAUGAUGUAAGCUCUGUUUUGUGUCUGGCUCUGUACAGGGAUACUCCAAGCUAUGUAACCGAGCCAAAUCAAUGUGAAGUUCCUCUUGAAAAGCCAAUACAUCUUGAAUGGAUCAGUAUGGGAGUCUGCAUAUUACUGGAGCAGUAAAUUCGAGAUUAAAGUGGGUAGGGGACCAUAAGAUUUUAAAUAUCUCAAGAAAUUGGGGUCCAUUGCAUAGGUUUUGCACAUCAAUGAGCCAUAUUCUUAUGUAGCAUUUGAAAGCUAACUAAAAUGCUUUAUGUGCUUUGCAUACCAAUAGGGAGGUGCUUUGUUUCUGAUAGCUACUCUUGGCUUCAUUUGUCUUAGAAAGUUUGAGCCUUCCGUGCACGACUAGUAAACAAAUGGCAUUUCUUAUUAUUUUUUUCUUUUUAUAAAAAAUGAAUAUCUGUUUGAGUUGA